AUGCCCAAACCCAAGGCUUCAUCGAAGCAGAGCAAGCCCGGGGCCUCUACGCCUCAGACUAUUCCAACGACGAGUCCGCCCAAUUGGCCCCAAUUUAAGCCGCCACUGCCCGUCGUUGAUCUGACUCCAGAGCUUCAUCCUGCGACAUCCAAGAUAGCCCUCAUCCCGUCGUUCUUCCCAAAGUCUCUCUGCCGGGACUACGUCACAUUCCUUAAGACCCUCCCGCUGCAGACCACGCCAGGGCGGCCAAAGCGCGGCGAGGCUGUGCGCGUCAAUGAUCGGUUCCAGAUUGAGGACCAUGCGUUUUCUCAGAGACUCUGGGAGCAGACUGGCUUGAAGGAGGCGUUGCUGGACAACGAGGAGCUGAGGGAGCUGUGGGGUGGCGAGCCCGUCGGUCUGAGCCCCAACAUUCGAAUCUACCGGUACUCCAAAGGCCAGUAUUUUGACUGCCAUUAUGAUGAUUACAACACUGUCACACUUCAUGCCGAGCCACCGAUAGCGGCGAAAACAACGUGGACUUUACUCUUGUAUCUCACAUCCGCCGCAGAAGGCUGUAUUGGCGGCGAGACAGUCUUCUAUCCACACGACCGAAAACUCCCGUCGGAGGAGAUUGCCGUGCCUCUCGACACGGGCAUGCUCCUUCUGCAUAAGCAUGGCGACGACUGUCUACUGCAUGAAGGACGGGAGGUAAAGGCCGGCGAGAAAUGGGUGAUCCGAACAGAUCUGUGCGUUAGGCGGUGA